CCCCGCGCCGGGCGCAGUCAGAAAGGGGAGCGCCCGCCCGGCCGCCGGCUGCUGCCAUGGAGUGAGCGCCCUCCCCGAGCUGACACCAUGAGCCAGCUGAUCCUCUGCAUGCUGCUGCUCCUGGCGCCCCGGGAGCUGGCUGGGGCAUGUCCCGCGGGCUGCCAGUGCCAUGACCCCAGGACCAUCCUGUGUGCUGCCAGACGGGGCCAGACCGUGCCCCACAAGCUGCCUCCCAACACCCUCUCGCUCUACGUUUUUGAGAACGGCAUCACGACGCUCAGUGAAGACAGCUUUGCGGGCCUGCCCGCCCUCCAGCUUCUGGACCUCUCGCAAAACAAGAUCACCAGCAUCCAGAAAAAUGUCUUCCAACCCCUGACGGAGCUCGUUAACUUGGACCUGUCCUCUAACCAGCUGCAGAAGAUCACCAAUGAGACUUUCCAUGGGCUGCGGCUGCUGGAACGGCUCUACCUGCAGAGGAACAGGAUCCAGCACAUCGACGCUGCUGCCUUCGACACGCUGGAGAACCUGCUGGAGCUGAAGCUGCAGAACAACCAGCUCUGGGUUGUGCCCCCCCUCGACCUGCCCAACCUCCUGCUGCUGGACAUCAGCUGGAACAAGAUCCCUACCAUUGCACCAGGGGCCUUCCAUGCCAUCAACAUAGAGUCCCUGAAGAUCGCAGGGCUGGGCCUGACGAGCUUAGACGAGGAGCUCUUCCAGGCCCAGAACAACCUCCAUGAGCUGGACAUCUCCGACAACCUGCUGGAGCGUGUCCCAGCAGUGCUGCGGCGCCUGGGAAGCCUCACCAAACUCAGCCUGGCCGGCAACGCCCGCAUCUCCCAGUUGCUGGCAGAGGACUUCCACAACCUUCACAACCUCCAGGAGCUGGACAUCAGCAACCUCAACAUCAACACCAUCCCUCGGGACUUCUCCAGCUUCUUCCCCAGGCUGCGGGCCAUGAUGGCCGCUGGGAACCCUUUCAACUGCAUCUGCCAGAUGAGCUGGCUGGUGCAGUGGGUGAACGCCAGUGGCGUGGUCCUCCGGCGGCCCGAGGAGACACGCUGCCAUUUCCCCCCCAAGAACUCUGGCAAGCUUCUGCACCACCUGCAGUACGCAGACUUCGGCUGCCCCACCACCACCACCACGUUGCGCCCCACCACGUUGCGCCCCACCACGCUGCUGCCACCUGCGCCACUCCCCACCAGCAGCCGGCCGCCGCCGCCCAGCACCGCAGCUCCCACCGCAGUGGCCAGACUCCCCCAGGACAGCUCUACCCCUGUGCCCUUCAGCAGCCCCCUGGCCCCCACCAGCCCCCCGACGCCCCUCUGCCCCCCUCGCACCUGUCUGAACGGUGGCACUUGCCGCCUAGGGGCACAGAACCUCCUGGAGUGCCUGUGCCCGGUGGGCUUUGCCGGGACGUACUGCGAGGAGGAGGUGAGGACGACGACACUGUCCCCGGCCACUCAGGCCCCACCGCCCGGCCGGCAGAUCAGCAUCGCGCAGGUGGGCAGCACCUCUCUCAAAGUGGAUUUGCAGAACUACAUCCAGUCCAAAGUGCAGCUGAAGGGCAUCCGUUUGAGCUACCGAAAUCUCUCCGGGCCGGAUAAGCGGCCGGUGAUGCUGCGUUUGCCGGCUUCGCUCUCUGAGUACACGGUGCGGGCGCUGAAGCCCAACUGCACCUACCGCGUGUGCAUCGGACCGCUGGGGGAGAAGGUCUCCAAGGAGGAGCACUGCGCUGAGGCGCAGACCUUGCCGGUGAGCCACCAGCAGCAUUCCCCCGUCACCCAGAGCAAGGACAGCAACCUCGCCCUCAUGAUUGUCCCUGCGCUGGCCGCCGUCCUGCUGCUGGUGGUGGUGGUGACCGCCGGCACAUACUACCGCCGGCACCGCCGGGCCAAGGCACACGCGGGCACCGGGGUAGAUGCCAGUCCCCUGGAGCUGGAAGGGGUGAAAGCCUGCCUGGAAAAUGGGGAUUUGAGCAGCCACGGCUGCAAGGUGCCCGAGGCAGCGAUGCUUUCUGGUGGCUCUGAGUGCGAAGUGCCACUCAUGCAGUCGCACUACCCCAGCAACAACAACACCCCGGGACUCAAACCCUCCUAUUUCUGAACCAGGCGGGACAGGGCUGCCGGGCGAGGCGAGCCCUGGACAAAUGAGGGUUCAGGUCCAGCAGCAGCACGGGGCCGUCUCCCUCUGGGGUGAGGAGUUAGCUGAAUUAAGGCAGAAAACCCCCAAGCCCCUAAUGUGCAAUUUCCGAGAGGCUGCCACGUGCCGGGAGGAGACACUAAUUUUACUGCUCAGUGCCUUGAUUUCUGUGACUACGUAGAACGUGGGUACCGAAAGAGAAGGGGGUUGGGAUUUUUAAUGUGGGGUUUGGGUGGGCUUUUGUUUUUAGCUACUGCUCAAAAGAAAGCUGCCGGUGACUCGGCUAAGGGACAUUCACGUGCUGGCAACAAGGGUCCUUUAGCAGAGCACGGCCCAUGAGUCUCGACUCCCUGGAAGCUGAUGUGAGCAAUAAAGCCCGGCCGAGGUGCUGGGACCCUCGGGACCCCCGGGCCGAAGGAAGCGCCGAGCAGGCGACCGGGAAUUGAAGCUUUAAGAACUCUGAGAGAAUAUUUAUAUGCGGUUAUUUCCCAUUUCUUCUGGGAAACUUUUUUUUGUUUUUGUUUUCUACUACAGGUUUGAGUCCAUCUCUUUUUGUAAGGCAGACCAAAAGCGUGUCUUUUUGUAAAAAAAAAAGAAGUAAAACAACAACAAUGAAAACUCCUGCGCAGUUCCAGGUGCUAUUGUGGGCGCUGCCCGUCUUGCCCUGUGCUGUGGGCAGUGCAGCGCAUCCCCUGUGGAGGAGCAGGAAGGUCAACCGCAUCCUCUCGUUGUUGUUGGCGAGUGCUGGGAUGAGUCAGGGCAAUGGAGGGGAGUUUUGGCGGCGCUUGGGAGGCGUCACCCCCCCCAGCGCUGCCCCCCACCACGGGCGCUAAGGAGGUGUUCCCAAAACAGCGGCCACGGGGUUCCAAUCGGCCCCUGCCCUGUGCAUCAUCCAGCCUUACUUCAUCCCUCCCCGCUUGCCAGAUGGCCGCGGGGCCGCCUGGGGGACAAACAGCCCAGCCCAACCUCCGGACGUCAGCACCGGCGCCCCAAAACCACCCGUGACACGGGUCAGCCCCCCAAAGCAGGGGCUGCAGCCAGAGCCGAGGCUUGGAGCCCCCGUGGUUGAGCGCCCCCAAACACGGCCCCAGAACAGCCGCUUUCGUGCGCUGGCCUCGGCGGGGAGGGUUGGGAGCCGGCGCUCGGCAGGUUCCCGCUGCCAAGUGGUUUCUGCUCCAACCCUCUGGAUUUAAUCGUUUUCCAAUCCUUUAUCUUUCGGGCUGGAAUUUUCCAGGUUGGGGCCCUGCCCGCUGAGGUAUGUUUGAUUUGGAGAGAAUGAGCAAAAGCGGGGCUGAGGCAGCUGAGGGUCACCGCCGUGCCGCGCGCGCUGCCGGCUGCCCCGCUCUGCCGCAGGAUACGGCCCUGACCCUGCGAGCACCCUGGUCCUGCUUGCCCGAGGCUGCUGGCGGGAGGGAAGGGCUCUGGAUGCAAUUAGGGGUGCGGGGUGGCGAUGGGGGCCGUCUGGCGGGGCCCCCCGGCUCCCAGGUGGGCUUCCGGCAGGGCUGGCUCCCAUUAGGGCCGUCGCAGCGGCACGAGGGGCCCCUUGCCGGCGCGGGCGGCUCGGUGUGAUGGCCACGCUUGCCCGCUCAAAGGGCCCAUUGUGGUCCUCUCCCCACAGAUUUUUCAAAUUAACAUCCCAAAUUCCUCUGAAAAUUGCUGCUGUGUAAAUAUUUUCACUGCGAGCUUUGUAUAUUUUCCAGCCCCGUGAGGAGGAGAGAAGAAAAGUCCCUGGCGGAGCUGCUGCCUCGCGCUGGGUGUCUCCGGACGGCUGCCACCGUGGCCCCUCGAGCCCGCCUGGGCGCAGGGGCAGCCCCUGCGUGUCCCCUCCCCGGCACCGGGCAGCAGGGACCUUAGAAUCAUAGAAUCACCAGGUUGGAGAGGACCCACUGCAUCAUCCAUUCCUAACACUCCCUUAAACCAUGUCCCUCAGCACUUCAUCCACCCAUUCCUUAAACACCUCCAGGGAAGGCGACUCGACCACCUCCCUGGGCAGCCUCUGCCAGUGCCCAAUGACUCUUUCCAUGAAGAAUUUUUUUCUGAUAACCUCCCCUGGUGGAACUUCAGGCCAUUCCCCCUUGUCCUGUCCUCUGUCACUGGGGAGAAGAGCUCAGCUCUCUCCUCUCCACAACCUCCUUUCAGGCAGCUGUAGAGAGCAAUAAGGUCUCCCCUCAGCCUCCUCUUCUCCAGGAUAAACCUUGCAGCAGCCCUGGAGCUCCUUCCCUCCUGCUGCUCGGCUUCAUGAUGUGCCCUUGCCCUAAGGAAGCUCUUUCCCCACUUGCAACCAGAUAGAGGUUGGCAGAGAACUCCCCGAUCCCAGGUGGGUGCUGGGGACACCCACGACCCCUUGGCAGGUCCUAUUGCUCCCAGAGGACUUCCAGCAGCUCCAAAGUGACUACAUGUGCAUCGGAGAUGCCACACCGGCUGCCUGGGCAUGGCAGGAGCAAAGCAAGGGCUCGGCUUUGGCAGGUGCGGUGGAGCCGGGGAGCCCUGAGCCGAGGUUUUCAAGGCAGGAGGUGCGGGGAAGGGGCUGGAGCAGCACAAGGAGGGCAGCGGGAUGGACCAAGUACCCAUGUCAGCACAUAGGUGGCUCCAUGGGAGCUUGGCAGUGCCCAAAAUGUGCCUUUCCAGGCCCUGAGCCCCCACGGCUUCCUAAAUCUCAAUGCAAAAGACCCUGCUGGCCACUGCCAGCCCCGGUGCGUGCCAGGAGCAGCUCGGAGCGGCACAGCGUGCGGCUCUGCUAAUUCCUCCGAGCUGAAUCAGGAUUGCAAAACCCCCUGAAACAAACCCAAAAAAAAGUGCCUCUCGCUACAUGAUCCAGCGGGGCCGGUAACCGAGAGCCCCCGCCAGACACCACCAGUGGGAUGGUGGGGCUCAGCAAGGAGCCACAACUGGAGGAGCCACCGGCUUCACCAGGGCAAGUCCAGCUGCGCCUGUGCUGGCCCAGCAUCCCGCUGGCACCCCGGCGUCUCUGGCCUCUGGAAAGACAUCCCUGGGCACAGGCGUGGCCUGUGGAAACCAGAGCUGGGUCUCCUGGGUUCCCCGGGUCCCCACGGCCGCAGCAGAGCCCCGUGGGGACACACUGGGGGUCCCUGUCCCCGCUCCCCCGGGCACGCAUGUGCCCAUCCCACAGCAUCCCACGCGCUGCUGCGAAGCCUCGGCUGCCAGGAAGAGUUUGCUGAGAGGCAGAAAUCCCACCAGCUUCCUGGAAAGCUGGUCGGCUGCGGAGGCGGCGGUGGGCUGAGGCCAUGGCCCAUCUGGGAGCGAUUUCGGAGCGGCUGCCGCUCGCCGCUUUCCCGCCUGAGUGGCCCCAUACGAGGCACAGGGCUAUUUUUACACGGUGUAAUUACCAGGCAGGCGGCACGGCCGGGCGGCUGCCCCAGCGUUAACCCCUUCGUGCGGCUGCCUAGGAGCAUCUCACCCCAUGGGGAUGCGUCCCACUGGGAUGGCAUCUGAUGGGGUGGCCUCUCCUCGCCUCAUGGCUGAGGUUGGCAGCCAGGCAGGAGCAGCAGGAAAAACUCCUUCCCUGCGGAUGGCGAGCAGCCACCAGCCCACGCACCUGAGGGAGCAGGAGGAUGGGGAUGGGGACAGAGGUGGACCUGUCCUGCUCAGGCCUCUGCCACCAACACCUGGCUGCUGGGCUGGGUGGUGUCAGAGACCCCCAAACUACCCAGCCCCACCCCAAAGGGCUGCUAAAUCCCAGGAAAAAGCAGCACCUGGGGCACUGGGGCCAGGUGGGAUGGGAGCACGCCCGUCCAUCGAGGUCCCAUCGCAGCUGGUAACUGGGGACAGGAUGGUGGGGUGCCUCGGUGUGCCUUCGUGCACACGAGAGCUGGAGCCAGGAGAUGCCGGGGCUGCAGGCCUGGCCCCCAUGAGCCGGCUCAGCCGCAGGCUUCGGCUGGAGCAGGGGCAGCGUGUGGGUGCUGGGGGUUGAGUAUUCCCAGGCCACCAGAACCGCCCAGGCCCCUUCAUGUCCUGUUCCAGCGCUGGGUGAGCCAAACAGCCCCAAAUCCCUCCGCAAACAUCCUGCUGGGAUGGCUCUCCGCUGCCGGCAGGUCCUGGGUCCCACACCUCUCCGCAUUGGUGGACUUUGCACCAUGAAAAGCAGUGGGGAUCCGGCCAUCCCCAUCUCCGAGCCCACUCUUGACCAUCCUGCCCUGUAAGCAUCUGCCCAGCACAUGCCAUGGUGACACCAGAGACCUUUUCAUUCCCGGUCACCUUGUCCCUACGGAAUGAGCUGCAGCCCUGAGCCAGCCGCGGCGCAGGCACGAUGCUGCGUGCACCCGUGCUCGGCAAGGAGGCACCUCCAGCCUCCCCAGGGACAUUUUUGGGACACCAAAAGAUGCGGCAACACAAGGGAGCCGCUGUUCUCGCUGGCCCCACCGUGGUGCCAGCCUUGUCCUCGGGCAGUGCCGUGGCGGCCGCCGGGCGCGCGGCAGCGGGGUCUGGUGGCUGACCCCAAGUCGGAGCUGGUAACCCAACCCCGACGGUGCUGGUUACAAUUUAGGGCAACAAUAACCUAUUGAGGCCCCUUCCUGGCUCCUGCCCCACUGCUCCUUGAUCUAAUUAAAGGGAGGACGAGGGGGAGACAAAACCUGAGUCGAAGGGAGCGGCGGGUACCUGAAGGCGGCACGAUGAGGACCGCGGUGAGGAGAGGGAGGUCUGGUCAGCUUGGCACAGCCCUGGCGCAGCUGGGAUGCUUUAAAAAUGAGGUUUUCGCAAUUGCAAAGAUCUCACCUGCUCAAGGUUUGGGAUGGAGGCCCCAAACGCACUUGCUGUUGUGGGGUGAAUGGGGCCAGUGCCCCCCACUCUCCACCCGCUUCCCCUGGGGAUGCUGGGCAGGGGUUCGGGGUGGCUGUGGGCACUGGAGCGGGCACGCUGGUGGUGUCCCCCACCUUGGGACACGCCAUGGUCCCACUCUGGAGUGCCACAGGGUGCCUGGGAUGAGCGGUGCUGGCUUGGCAGGGCGCGGUAGGGCCGUGGUUGCGGCCAUGAUGGGGCUGCGGGCUCCCCUUCCUGACGGCCUGGCGUCAGUAAUGAAUGGUAUGAGUUUCCUGCCCGCCCACUGAUUGCUUCCUCAAAAAGCCUCAAUGAGCUGCUGCUGCUGCUUCUCCCGGCUCCGGCACUCGGCUCCCAGCAUGGACACACCGUAGCCCAGCCUGCAAUGGCCUGUAACCGGCACCUACGGCUAUGCCCGAGAGCCACAACCGGCCCCCCGGCCUCCCAGCUGCUCUGCCAUCCCCUGGGUGCCAAAUUACCGUCCCCUAGUGCCGAACCACCAUCCCCUGGGUGCCAAAUUGCCAUUCCCAGGGUGCCGAAUUGCCAUCCUUGGGUUCUGAAUCCCCAUCCCUGAGGUGCCAAAUCCUCAUCCCCAAUGUGAUGAAUUGCCAUCCCGGGGGUCCUGAAUCGCCAUCCCUGGUUGCCAAGCCUCCAUCCGUGGGGUGCCGAAUCGUCAUUCCCUGGUUUCUCAUUCGCCAUCCUCUGGGAUGCCAAAUUGCCAUCCCUGGGUGCUGAAUCCCCAUCCCUGGGCUGCCAAAUCCCCAUUCCAAGAGUGAUGAAUUGCCAUCCUCAGGAUACUGAAUCGCCAUCCCUGGGGUGCCAAGCCUCCAUCCGUGGGGUGCUAACUCGCCGUCCCCUGGGUGCCAAAUCACAGUCCCCUUGAGUGCCAAUCGUCAUUCCCAGGGGUCUGAAUUGCUGCAGCAUCCAGCACCGAGCCUGUGGCUCCCCUGCUUGGGCACUGCCUGCUGGCAGACUCGGAGACCCCCAAACUCUCCUCCCCCCAUUCCUAGCUGAACACAGCACCCCCCUGGCCCCCAGCUGGGACGGCUCUGCCGGAGGGAGAGCGUAUCCCCCAUUCCCUCCGCUGGGAGCCAGCCCAAACCCCCCUCCAUCAUUUGUCAUCUCUGUGAGAUUUACAGGCAGGGAGCGGUUGGGGCUGGAAGUUUGGCUGCCUAAAAGAAGCACCUCAUGCUCUUUGGCAGCUCCUCGGCACAGGGGGGUCCCUUUCACCCCCAGCCCCUCUCCCUAUCGCCCCGCCACGCAGCCGCAACCCAGCAGAGCUCUGGCGUGACGCGCAGGCAGCGCCCGCCAGCUGCAUUCCUGGCGGCUGAUAAACCCGGCAGCCAAAAUAACUGCAGCCUGCGUAAAGGGGGCAGAGCACAGCCUGGCGUCUGCAUCCAAUUUAGCCGGGCUGGCUCACCCCAGCCCAGCGCCAGUGAGGAGGCCCACGCAUGCGGGCUGCAAGAAGCACCGGGAUUUAGCGUAAUUCCUGCAGGAUUCUCCACUGGUAGCAACUCAGGACCCCGCAGUGUCCCUUCGGCACAGCCUUUUGCAGGGUGUUGCACACCCAGCAUCCCUUAGGGGCGUUCACUCUGAAUACUAAUGAUGGCUGGUCACCAAGGCUGGAUGUGGCAAGCCCGUGGUUGCCUUUGUCUGUCGUGCUGACAGAGCUGGGGAGCAGGAGAGUUGCUCACCCCGGGAGAUCACAGGAGGGAGAGGAAUCAGCCUCCCUGCCUGCUCCCACCCGGGGCUGCUCCCCAAGCCACCGUGUCAGCACCUCCCCACUGCACCCGCAGCCGAUCCUCUCCCCUCCUGUGCCAAGUGCCAGCUCAGAGAUGACACCUCAGCGUGGCAGACACCAAGGUUUGGCCCCGCUGUCACAGCUCACCCUGCUCCUUGCCAGAGAUCCCAUAUCAGUACCCGGUAGCCGUUGACCCUGCUCUGGCAUCCUGGCCGCCACAAAGCCAGGCUGGUGUGUGGCGGGGGUCCUGGCAUCCCCGUGUUUUGCCAGCAGCUCUGGGGAGAGCCAGCGGCUUCCAGCGCAGCCUGGCAAGGACUUUACCCCAAAAUGCCAUCGCCUUGGCAGGAUGAAGGGACUGCCUCCUCCUCCUUCUCCCAUUCGCUCACCCACACCGUGAUGCUGGGUGGCAGGGGAGAGGCCAGGCUCGGUCUCCCCAGAGUGCUGCUCACCUCAGUGGUGCCCCACAGGCAGGAGACGGCUCCAUCGAGCCUUGAGAAGGGGUGCUGACCCCUUAUGGCCACCAAAGCUCCUCUUCCACUUCCCCAAGAGGCGCCUGGGGAGCAGGGCUCUGCCGCCAGCCUGGCCACGGCUGGCUGGGCAGCCGCCACGGCACCACGGCACAAAGCACUGCAGCCCCACCACGAGCAGGGGCUGGGGCCGAGAUGCUCCAGUGCGCAGGUAGAGCCAAAAGGAUUCACUCACCCGCAGCAUCUUGUCGUGCCGCCCCAAUGCACGCACCCUCCCAGCUAGCAGCCACCUCAGCCACUGCCGGUGCUGUCCCCAGCAGUGCCACCACCCACCGCGGAGCACUCGUCCCACCCCAGCGCCACUGGGGACACCUCUGUGUCAUCCCCAGCACUGCCACCACCCUCCUAUCCCACCCAAACGUGAUGAGGACAUGGCCACGCCAUCCCCAGCCUUGUCCCCAGCUUCAUGGCCAAGCGCUGCCGGUGCCAGGAGCUCUGUGCCACCUCCUGCUCCGCCACCGCCAUCCCCGCAGGUCUCAGACAGUGGCACUUGC